AUGUUUAAGAGUCUUGCCAAGCAGCUUGUACAAGAGCUGGACUCAGACAGGAAGCUGAUUCCUGUGAGGAGCCUGGCGCACAGCCAUAGCUUCCAGCCCCUCUCUCUGGUGACAGAAGAGCAAUUCAGGUUGCCUUGGCGUACCCGGAGGUAUUCUCCAACCGCCUUCAAGCUGGCAGAUGUACUCCAGGAAGGAGCAAUGAUGGAAAUAGAGCUGAAACACUCGGAUCCAAUCCUGUUUACCAUAAAUAGUUACCACAAAUCUGGAGCUCGACUAACCCUUAAAAUAAAGUAUGCAGAAGUGGACAUAGGUGGUUUGGGCUGUGGCUGCUUGUCUGCCUCUCCAGUAUACGUGAGGAAAACCUACGUGGACACCAGAGAGCUGGGGAAAACUGAGCUGUCCCUCAACAGUAUUCAGCGAAUCACCCCUAAACUGCAAUUGUAUGUUGUGACGGAAGUUUUUGAGAUAAUGAAAUCACUUCUGGUUGACGAGACUGUCCAAAUAGGAGGCAAGGGAGAGGUUUCUGCCAUGGAGAUACUUAAGAUACAGGCCCUGAACGUGAGAGUGAAAAAGAAGUCCAUGCUAAUUCCCCAAGGCACAGUGAUAGCUUAUGGUGUUGAGAAGCUACAGGCCCAAGAGGAAGACCCGGGUGCGUUAAAAAGGACGUUGUUUCCUUCGCUCACUUACGAUGCAUUCCAGGAUGAGCUGGGUUCCUCACUCACAGCUGUCCAGCACGUGAAAGAUGCAGUUAAAGAGGCAUAUGAGCCACUGAUGUACCUGAGCCAGGCCUUGAAGAGGCAUCUUCUGGAAUCCUUUGUUAUUGUCCUGCAGGACAGAGAUGUUGCCUCCACUGUUCAGUCGGUGCUCGAGCUUUCCAUGGCAGGGGAAAGUAUUGAUCACUCCAUGCUGGAGUCGUUGGAUGAGGAACUCUGUUCUUCAGUGGAAAUGCUACUGUCCCGCUUAGGGAUUUUCCAAGACACUGAGAGAGAAGAAAAUAGAGUUCUCUGGGGACCAAUGCACUUCCUUUGCUCUUCUUUAGAUGACUUGGACUAUGAGAUGCUGCCCCUGUUGGAGACAAUCGUGGAGAAAAAAGAUAUGGGCAAACAAUUAGAGAUGAUGAAUGGUGUUUUGGAGUGGAUUCUUUCUGGAGAUGAAGGUGGCAAUUUUACUAUUCCAUCUGAUUCCUUAAUGGAUGAAGCUGAUCUAACCACUGAGCUGCUGCAAAAUUGUGGGCUGGAUUUAGAAGCUGGGAAAGACUCCAUCACCUGCCGGUGGAACAAGGAAGCAUGUUCAGAACUGGCUGCUCUGUAUUCCAGCUUGUAUGCCCUAGCGAUUCUAAGUGGAUAAAGUAGGAAGUAAAACAGACUCCUUUGGGACAGCAGCAAGAAUUAAUGAAGAAGAAUGGAGAAUAGCUUUCACAAGAGGAAUGACCCACUCAAUCUGUGAAAACUUAAAAGAAAAUUAUUAUAAAUUGAUUUACUGUUAGUAUCUAACAUCUCAUAGAUUAAAUAUACAGAAAAAGUAAUUGAAUAAUUGUGUAUGUUGGAGAUGUAGGAUGCACUCGGUUGAUUAUAUGCAUAUGUGGCGGUCAUAUCCAAUGUCUAAAUAUUUUGGAAACACAUUAAGAGGGAAUUUCUUAAAAUAACAGGAUAUAAUUUAUCCCCUAACCCAAUGUUUAUAACUUUUUCAGUCCAAGGCCCCAAAAUUCCAUCAGCCAAUGAUACCAAAUUUGGUAACAGCAGCAAAGAUGAUUAUAGCCAAUAAAUGGAAAAAUAGAAAACCAAUUGCAUCUAAAGAAUGGUUUAUUAAAGUUUGGUGAAUUGCACAAUUAUUGAAAAUCAGUGAAGUAGUCAGACUGAGAGAUGGCAGACAACAGAUCCCCAAAUUUAUGGAGGAUUGGAAACCUUUUAUUGAAUACUGGAAAAAUAGCCAUGAUAUAGAAAUUGCUAUUUUAUAAAUCAUUAGUUUUGGAAGAUAUGUGAAACUUGAUCUUAUGUACUAUCUAUUUAGUUUAGA